AUGUCUAACCAAAACCGAAACGAUAUUUGGAACAAGCUCAAAUCCUCGACCAAGUCGUUCUCGUCGUCACUAACUCAACUUUCGACGAGGAACGACCGUGAUGGCGAUACACCGACCAGUACACUGGUGCACAAGGCACUACUGAAACAUUACAAGAAGCGCGAGCCGUUUGUGGGGUUUCCGGAAUGGCUCGGCCACACUGAGGACAUAGGGGAAGAGCAUAAUGCCCCUAGUAUAGGUUCCAGUGCAGACCAUUCAGUAGCAAGCAUGGACAGCGGUCCGCGCCGCACCGCCGGCUUAGCUUUCCAGAAGAUAUACAGCAGUGUGUCGGUCAGCAGGCCAGCUGGCGAGGCCGGAAGUGCGGGAACUACAAUGCAGGGAAGACUAUCGAAGUCUAGUGAUCAUCUGGUUGGACCUCGAACCCAGGGUGCUACAUGGGGCUCUCAGCGACAGCAGCUACUCGAUCAGGACAGAUCACAGACAAGCGAGCAGCCCGCUGAACCCCAACCCCGUUCACUACAUAUGCGCGAGCGCAUGAAACGGAAUUUGACGAAACGCGGUACCUUUGACCUGUAG